AUGUCCUGCAGAUCUCGCCCGACGAUGCAUCUGGUGCUGCGCGAAUGCGGAGACCGUUUGAACGCCUUUGCAACUGUGCUUGCGUUGUCCGCCCGAUUGAGCGAGCGUGUGUGUGCGUGUGUUGCAGAGGCGGGGACGGCGGCGGCGGCGGAGGAAGAGGAGGCGGCGGCUCUGCGCGGUGCCCUGCGGUGGCUACGGCAGCGCCGCGAUCCGCGCGACGGCGCCUGGGGGAACCACACGGCGGCGGCGGUGCUCGCGCUGCAGCUGGCGGCCGCCGCCCCCCCACAGAGGCGCGCAGCGCUGGGCGUCGCCGGCGAACCCCGAGGGGCUGCUGUCGGUGAAGCAGAUGGAGCUGGAGCUGGUGCUGCACCUCUGGAGGCGCUGGAGGCGGGCGAGGAGAGCGAGAACGAGUCGCUGGGCGGCAACUGGAACCGCUCGGCGGCGGCGGCGUUCCUGCGCUCGCGCCAGGGCGCGGACGGCGCCUUCGUGGACUUUCUGCCGCCCGUCAUCCCCCCAGCCCUGGCUCCGAAGGCCGCUCAUCACCAUCACCACCACAAGCACGUCUCGACUGGCAGUACCAAGAGCAACGGCAGCGCGCCUUCCGCUGGCACCAACAACAGCGGCAGUGGCACCACUGCUCCCAGCAACAGCAGCGAGACGUAUAAAGGCGCUGCAGAUGGCACCACUGGAUUCACCACUACCACCACCACCUCCACAUCCUCCUCUGCUACCACUUCCAGCACAACUACUACCUCAUCAUCUACUACUAGCACUGCUACAACAACGUCUGCGAAUGCAAACAAUACCUCCGUGAGCCCGGCUUCGAUCUUCGGCAGCAACAUCAACCUCACCACGCUGGAGAGCCUUGCAGGGAUGGGCAAACAGCCCGACCUUGUGAAAGUGACCUACAGCAUCUGGGUGCACAGCAACAUAUCGGAGAGUUACAAUCUGACGGUGCAAGCAGAACGCAACACAACUUUUUACAACGUCAUGUUACUAGCUGCACAAGAUGAUUCUCAUUAUCACUUUGAAGCAACAGAAUGGCCAAACGGACACUAUGUACAUACCCUAGCAGGUUUUAAAGAAGAGCCAACAUCUUAUUACUUUUGGUUAUUGUACCAAACUGCAGAAAUGCCAGACCCUGCUAAUCCCCCUGGCAAUCAGCUUAUUACUCCUGUUGAGGUCCCUUGUCUGCCAGUGCUGCAGUUAGUCAGUGCUACUCAAUUUUAUGAAACCAUUGUUGAGCUAUCAGAUGGCUGA